AUGAUAUUAUGUAGUGAUUAUAAUCAUAAAUUAAAACCAAUAUUUGAUUAUAUAAAAAAUGAAUAUAGUGAUGAAGAAACAGGUCUUCUUUCAUUUGGUUGUGUAUUAAGACAAAUGGGAAAAUUUAAUGAAGCCGAAAACUAUUAUCGAAAAUUUCUUAAUCAACAACAACAAUAUGAUUAUCAAAGUCAAGCACAAUGUUAUCAUUUACUUGGAAAUAUUACUUUAGAUAAAGGAAAUUAUGAUUUAAGUCUUGAAUAUUAUUUAAAAUCGUUAGAAAUUAAAAUGAAAAAAUUAGAAUCAAAUGCUCGUAGUCUUGCCUAUAGUCAUAACAAUAUUGCUAUAAUUCAUUGGAAAAAAGGAAACAAAAAACAAGCUAUUGAAUCAUAUAAUAAAGCAUUCAAAAUUUCGAUUGAAUUCUAUGGUAAAGAUGAUUUAAAAGUCGCGAUGUGUUUUAAUAAUAUAGGUAUUGUUUAUGAUGAUGAACAAAAAUAUGAAGAUGCAUUAAAAUAUUAUGAAAAAGCUUUAAUAAUUCGUUUAAAAUAUCUUCCAAAUGAACAUUUUGAUAUAGGUGAUAUAUAUAAUAAUAUUGGUGCUGUUCAUCGUUAUCUUGGUCAUUAUGAUCUUGCAUUAAAUUAUUUUAAUCAUUCAUUAGAAAUUUAUGAAAAAUCACUUUUUCCUCAACAUCCAUCAAUUGCAUCAAUUUGUAAAAAUAUUGGUAUUACAUAUGAAAUAAAAAAGAAUCUAAUACAAGCAUUAGAAUUUUAUAAUAAAGCAGCAAAUAUAUUUCAACAAAUAUUACCAAUAGAACAUCCUGAUGUUAUUGAAAUUGAUCGAUUAAUUCGACAUGUUUCUUCUCAAAUUAAUACAUAA